AUGAAGAAAAAACAAUUUUUCCAAAUUAUCGAAAGUAACGAUUUGUCUUCACAGCCCGAAAAUUCGCCGCUUGAUUUGUCUGCCCUGUCUGAAAAUUCGUCGCUUCAUUUAUCUGCACGGUCGGAAAAAUCGCCGCUUAAUAAUUUGUCCGCGAAUUCCAUUGUAGACUUUGAUAAAUCGGAAAAAAAAAAUUUAAAUGAAACACAGCUCUCUCACAAUUCGCAUGAUAUUUUUAACAAUGUCACAAAGAGGAAUGCGUUAAAUUUCUUAGGUUUGCGUAAUAAAAAAAAAAAUGUUGAUAAUUUCCAGGGGAAAAAUGAUGAAAGCGAAAAGAGCACUCGCUAUGCACAUGUGAAAAGUGUGAACCAUGAAGUGGUUCAUACCCCUCGAAUAAAUACCCAAGGUGUAAAAUGUGAAAAUGGAGAGUGCAUACCAAAUGGGGUGUCACCAUGCACGGCGGAGUUUCCGCCUCCAAAUGAGGAUGGCAACAGUCGGAACAAUGUGUGCGGUGAGGAUGGCGCUAGUACACCCCUUAGCAGGGGAAACGAUGCAAGAGAAAACAAACGCAGCAACCAUUUUUACUGCUUGAAACAAAUUAUCCACAACAAUUUAAAUAAUAACUACGACAAAAGUGAGGUGAAAAUUUUCAACAUUUAUCAUGAUAACAGGGCAGAGUGUUUAUUUAAUGAUGCAAGUGUAAUAAAAUUUUACGGACAUGAAAAUGUAUGCAUAUAUGAAAAUAAAAGCUACAUAUGUGAGGAAAUAAACGCCAACUUGUUCCAUCAAAAUGGGGAAACAGAAAAGGAAAAAGAAGACUGUUUUGACGCAAAUAGGGACAUUUAUGAAUAUUUAUACAAGGAAAAAAUGAAACUGAACAGUGCAAAUGGCAAAGACAAGGGGAAUGAUGUUCAGAAUGGGAUAAUAACGAAAUUUGGUAAUUCUCACGAGCAGGUGCAACAGUGUUUCCAAUUUUAUAUGCACAAGUAUCCACCUUUCUUGAGGGAAAAAAUAAAAAUAUUCAUACAUUUAUAUAACAUGUUUAGCAUAUACCCUUACAUCAAUCACAAAUUUAUUGAAGAAGAAAUAUACUCGAAAAAUUUAAAAAUUUCCUCAUCCUUCGAAAAAAUUGUGCACAUAAAAUGGCGUUUUUAUGGUGAACACGAAUUAAGAGAAAUGCUAAGUCGCGCUGUGCUAAAUAAAAAAAGGGAACACUCUUUGCGAGAAAGUUUUCUCCAAGUGGACGAUUACAUCAGCGUAAAUUUUUUAACGCAAGAAGUGAAAGUGCGGGACGCGGGUAUCCCACACAAUGGUGAUGACGGAAAUAAUCACUUCAACUACAUACUUCUAAACGGCAAUGGGCUGUGCUUUUCUGCCCACUUUCAUUUAAUCGUCCCGUACCACAGGCACAUUAACGAAAGCGCAAAUGAGGUAGACAAAAAGAAUAGUGCCUACAAUUUAAGUUAUGAAUACGUCUACCUAUCGCAGCUAUUUAACAUUUACGAUAAUUUUCACUUGUGCUUUUUGUAUCCCUUAUUUGUCUCGUACUUUUUUUAUUAUCACUUAUUUUUCAAGGGGAAUGGCUGCGCGACAUUAGCUCUCUCAGAAAAAAAGGGUGCGCAAGAGGGGGCCUAUAACAGUGCCUGCGAGGAGGCUUACACAAACCAGAUAAACGACAUAUAUGCCAAAUUGACAAAUUGUGUGAAGGAAACCAUUUCGAAUACGCAAAGUGGGAAUUUCAAGAUAAAGGACGGUGUCAUUGAAUUCUUAGUUCCACAGAGUUGUUACAAAAUUUGUGAGGAACCCGAGUUUCUCGCGGACAAAUCGCACCACCUACCCCUGCUGUACGUCGUAUGCAUAAGUAAGCACGGCGUGGGCAACAGCAUAGGAGGUGUUAAUUAUGGCCUCCACUAUAGUGGUAGCGAUAAUAGCGCGCGCAGUACAAGUGUAGAAAACAAUCUGAUUACCUUCCCCACGAACUCCGCACGCGUAAGCAGCUGCCAUGUGUAUGGUCAUACACACCCCAUACACACCAUGGGGGGUUAUUCCAUAGAGGAGGGCCUGCAUAAAACAAAGGCAGACGAAGAACAGUGGGCGUGGGAACCCCACGACAACAACAUAUGCUGCAAUGAAGUUAAAGAAUUCAAUAACUUGCGAACAAUUUUCCCUGAACAUAUGAAACAGUAUUUUAACACAUGCAACAAAAUUGAUAACAUCAUAAAAGUUAGCAUAAGGAAUGAUGGUAUGUGUUUUAUGUAUGUAAGGAACAUGCUCGGUGAAUAUAUUUUCUCUUCGUAUUUCAUCCUAUUUAACGCGUUUGAAAAUCUUGUUCACUUGAUGAAUAGGGGAAAGGACGGCGGAACUCAUGGGGGGGAACGUUGGGGAAGCCUUCAUCAAAAUGGUGAAACUGCAGGGGGUCACAUAACAAAUGGAGACAUACUCAAUAUGGAGCCUAUUCAACAUCACGGCAAUUUUUAUAGCAACGUUUUGGAGAGUCCACCCCCCUGGUAUCAUCCAAAUUUGGAACGCCGCGAAAGCGAAGCUGUCACCUUUGCAAACAUCGACCACAUAUUCGAAAUGAGCAACAUAAACAACAUAUUCAACGACUUUUACAUUUGUGAAAAUAAAAAAAUGAACACCUUUAAGCUGAUUAACAUAAUGAAUAGGGAAAAAAAAAAAGCAUUAACUGCGUACUAUUUCGGGAACAGGGAAUUAACUCCGAUUUUCUUUUUACGAUUGUCCAAUAUACAUAUUUAUGACAUAAACAGACAACUGACUUCCAUUUUUGAAUAUAUAAAUUACAAUAACAAAACAUUUACCCCUUUUUUAAAAAAGUACGCAAAAUACGAAAUGAAUGUUCAGCUGGAUUUGCUAGAAAAUAUGUAUAGCAUUAACAACGAAUUGUAUUUGCUGUAUACAAAAAAAAUUAAUUACUCUCACGAUAUUUACAAAUAUAAUUACCUGUACGUACAGGAUUAUUUAUUAAAAAAUUAUAUCCUAUAUUACAAUAUUUAUUUUCGGGUACGUGAGGAAAUGAAAAAGAAUGAAUACUACAAGCUGAAAUACACCAACAGGAAUAAGCAGACCAUAUCUGUCCACUUCACCGUUUCGUUUAAUUAUGCCUAUGAUAGGGCGAAUUCUCAUUUUGAGCUGAAGCCAAGUCAUUAUAUAACCCACCUCGAGUCUGACUCCCCCCACGAACAAAUCGAUGCGGCAAAUUACAUUGCGUUUAUUAGCAAGUAUGUGCACAGCAAAUGCGUAACGUAA